AUGAAUUCGAAGAGUACUAAAGAUAUAAUUAUUGGCAAAUGGGGUUUGAAGUCUGGUAGCUCCAGACCUGAGAAUGAGCUUGAGAAGUAUAAGAAGGAGAAUGCAGCCCUCAAAAAAUCAAUGGAAGAAAUCGUGAAAGGAAAAGGCAAAAUGACAGAUCCAGAAAGAAAGAGACUCUUAGAGAAAAUACUUUCACUUGAAACAGAAAAAGAAAAAAACAGCCACAUCCUUGGAGAGAAGGACAAAGAAAUCCAAAACCUGAAAGACAAGCUCAAGUCUAAAAACAAAAGCAGUGAAGUACCCUCAUUACUUACUCAACUAGAGGAAAAAACAAAGGAAGCAGAAAGAAGAGAACAGUUACUUAAUUCUUUGUCAGAAGAAAUGGACCGGUUAAAAUGCAACUUAGCUACUGUUACUGCAAAAUGUUCAGAGCUUGAAAACAGAGCCAGUACUUUUCCGGCAUCCCAGGAAACUGUAAUGGACAGCACUGGAUCACCAACUAAUCUUAAUGAAGUUGAAAAACAGCUGAAAGAUGCUCUUGAGAAAAAUCAGCAGUGGCUACUGUACGACCAGCAACGUGAAGCAUAUGUUAGGGGCCUGCUAGGAAGGAUCUUUGAACUUGAACAGAAGUUGGAAGUAGUUAACCAACAGCGUGCAACAGAAUCCAGUGCAGAAGGUUCUCUACAAGAAGAAAAGCAGAAAUAUUAUGACCAGCUGUUAUCAACCGCUAAAAGUGAUCUUGAGACUGAAAGACACACUAUAACCCAGCUGAAAUCUGAGCUUAAUGAAUUAAAAAAGAAGUAUGAAGAAACACAACAAGAAAUAAUGAGUUUAAAUGCCUUACUGCAGUCACAGCAGGUUGUUGAAAUGAAGACUCUAGAAAAUGAAAAUAAAAUCAAGGGUGAUAAACUGCAGAGGCUGAAACAAGAAAAUGAAAUUAUUAAAGGACAGCUCAGAGAAGAAAAGAAAAAGUCUGAUGAUCUUUUAUCUCAGGUACAACUUCUUCGUAAAUCAUUGCUUAAGCAGCAGGAGGAACACAGUAGGAUAGCUUUGUUGGAACAACAGAUCCAGAUAUGUACCACAGACUUUGAGAAUGAAAAGCUUGAUCGCCAGAACUUGCAGCAUCAGUUGAACAAAGUUCUUAAGGAGCUGCGCAAGGCCAGGGAGCAAAUAACCCGUCUGGAACCUUUGAAACUCCAGGAAUCUGGACGUAUGGAACAACAGGAAGGUUUGCAAGCAGCAUUUGAAGAGAAGAUGACAAUAUAUGACAGAAGUCCUUCUCUGAAAUGUUCGAAUCUCCUUGAUGAAAGUUUUCUGGAGUGUCCCAGAUGUAAAAUGCAGUAUCCAACAAGCCAGCACAGAGAAUUACUAGCACAUAUUGACUUUUGUACAGCCUGA